AUGGGAAAUUUCAAAGGCCUCAAAAAGCUUGGAAGGUGGGAAGUGCUUAUUUAGGGUUAAAAAGGUUAUAAAGAAAGGUAAAAUUUGAGGAAUACAAUUUUAAUUAGUGGAGGAGGAUUCUAUGACAACUCAGGGGGUGAAAUAAAGAUUGGCGAAUGGAUUGAAUAUAUGUAUGAGAGUGGAAAUGGAUAACCAAAAAAUAAGCUACUCCGUUAUUAAGGUGAAUAUCGUAAUGGUAAAAAAUUUGGAAGGUGGGAAUGCACUUGCGAAGGAACUAAUGCAAAGGGUGGCGGAUUCUAUGAUUAAAAUGGAGAUAAGAUUGGCAAAUGGAAAGAAAUUAUUAGCGAUAAAGAAAUUAUUUUUUAUGGUGAAUAUUAUCAAGGUAAACGAGUUGGUCAAUGGAAAAUAAUUUCUUAGGCGGAUCAUGAAUAAGAAAACAAGGAAUUCAUAAUUGGUGGUGGAACUUACGAUUAGACAGGGCGUAAAACUGGAAAAUGGACCUUGUGUAAUUCAUUCAAGAGCAUUUAGAAGCAGGAGAAUAUGAAAAUGACAUAUAAGUUGGUGUUUGGACUAUUGUUCAUUCAUUAUAUUAAAAUGAAACCGAUAUCUAUUUUGUUUGUGGCUUGGGUUAUUAUGAUAAAGGAUUAAAAAAUGGUAAAUGGAUAGAAUUAAGUGAUUUGGACAUUAGUUCAUAUAGAAUAAGUUAUCAGGGUGUUUAUCAAAAAGGUUGUAAGGUUGGAUCUGGAGCAAUUUAGCUUGAUUGGUGGAGGAUCCUAUGAUACAAAGGGAGAGGGAGUUAAGUCUGGGGUAUGGAUUGAGCUGAUUAAGAAGGAUUAUAAUGAUGAUAUACUAUACUUUGGAUAAUAUUAAAAAGAUAAAAAAGUUGGCAAAUGGAGGUUAUUUAUAUAUUCAAAACAAAAUCAUGAAGAUGAUAUUUAUAAAGAUGUAGUACAGUUUACUACUGGCUUUUCCAAUGAUCAUUAACAAAUUGGUCAUGAUAAUGAUGCAAAUAGAGGCUUGGUUUAGAAUUUCGAAUAGUAAAGAAUAACAUUAAUGUUAAAAUUUAUUCAUAAUUUAUUUAGUGGUGGAGGAUCUUAUGAUACAGAAUGUGAAGGGCUUAAAACUGGAGGAUGGUUUGAGCUGAUUGAUGUGGAUUCUAAGAAUGGCGAGAUACUAUACUAUGGAUAAUAUUAAAAAGAUAAAAAAGUUGGCAAAUGGUAAUUUUUUUAAUAUGGGUCUUGGUGUCGAAAUAAUGCGCCAUUUCGAAAUUUGUUGCAGUUUAUUACUGGCUUAACUGAUGAUCGUUAAGACAUUGGUCAGGAUAAUUAUGCAUAUGAGAGCGGUGUAUAGGAUUUGAAAAAAUUAAUAAUGUUACCUUUUAUUCAUAAAUUAUUUAGUGGUGGAGGAUCAUAUGAUAGUGAUGGAAGUGGUAUGAAGAUUGGUCAAUGGAUAGAGCGGAAAGAUGAAUGUCAUAUAUAUUGUGGUGAGUAUAAAGAUAACAAAAAAAUUGGCUUAUGGAAAGAAUUAAAUUAGUAAAAGAGGAUUAAGUCUUGUAUGAAUUAUGAUGAUGAAGGAAAUGAGAUUUAUAGAAGCGGAUUUCCUUAAAAAAUUCUGAGGAUUGGAGAGUUCAAAGGGAAGAAAAAGAUUGGGAGAUGGAGUAUACUUACUACUGAAACAUCCGCUAACUAAGACGAAAUCGGAGGAGGAUCAUAUGAUAGUGAUGGAAGUGGUAUGAAGAUUGGCAAAUGGAUAGAGUUGAAAGAUGAAUAUAAUAUAUAUUGUGGUGAGUAUAAAGAUAACAAAAAAAUUGGCUUAUGGAAAGAAUUAAAUUAGUAAAAGAGGAUUAAGUCUUGUAUGAAUUAUGAUGAUGAAGGAAAUGAGAUUUAUAGAAGCGGAUUUCCUUAAAAAAUUCUGAGGAUUGGAGAAUUUAGAGGCGACAAAAAAGUUGGGAGGUGGGAAAUUUUAUUGCAAAAAUAAAUUUCUAAAUGUGAUAGUAGUAUUAUUAGUGGUGGUGGAACUUAUGAUGAAGAAGGUUAUGGAAUGAAGAUUGGAAGAUGGAUAGAUUUUAGUGAUGGAAUAACAACUUUCAUAGUUGAAGAUGGGGAAUACAAAGCCAAUAAAAAAGUUGGGUUAUGGAAAAAAUAUCUCCUGACCUCCGAAGAUGCUGACGAAUAAAUGUUAGUUGGAUGCUCUAAUUAUGAUGAUCAAGGAAUAGAAAUAUAUAAAAGUCAAAUGCCCUCAAAAUUAAUAUUUAUAGGAGAAGUGAGAUGUUGUAAAAAAGUGGGCGAAUGGAAAAUUUUGAGAUGGGUUGAGGAUUUUAAUACAAAGAAGAAAUCUUAUAUUUAAAUUGGUGGUGGAUAUUAUAAUGAAGGGAUUAAGAUUGGUAAAUGGGAAGAGGUGAUAAAUUACACAUAAAAUAUUGAUUGGUUACUUAGGCUCGCUGGAGAAUAUUCAAAUGGUAAAAAAGUUGGCAGAUGGGAUAUUUUUAGAUUUAAAAAUUUUUUAGAGGUGGUUUUUAUGAUGAUGAUGGAAUUAAAAUUGGAAACUGGAUCGAGCACAUUAAUUCUUAUCAUUUUUUUCAAGGUGGAUAUGAAAAAGGAAAAAAAUUUGGUAGAUGGGACCUUCUCAAUUACCAUCAUGAUAUAAUUGUAGGUGGAUUAUAUUAUGGAAGUUUGGAUAUUAAGUAGGGCUAAUGGAUUGAAAUAAAAGAUCAUGAAGGAGGAAGCCUCUUCUAUUGUGGAGAGUAUUAAUUAGGGAAGAAAAUUGGAAGAUGGAAUAUUACUUGGGGCCUGGAUUUAAAUAAACCAACUAUUAUAGGAGGAGGAGAAUAUUCUGAUGGAGUGA